AAGAGGGAGAGCGAAAGUAUUUUUCUCUUUUAUUUUUAUUUUUAUUUUUAUUUCCCCCCCUUUCUUCCUCUACCGCGAUCGCGAAGAGAGAGAGAGCAAAUCCAAUAGUUCGAACGAGAGAGAGAGAGAGAGAGAGAGAGAGAGAGAGAGACGACGAAGUAAGCGAGGAGGAGGAAACCCCAACGAGCAUGAACACAUAGAGAGCGAAUUCGAGCUCUCCCCUCUCUCUCGUCGGAUUCGCCUUCGAUUCGAGCUUUUCUCCUCAGUUCGAGCUCCCAAAGUGGGUUAAUCGAUCGCGGAGCUUCGAGGCGACCUUCGGGCGCUUUUUAUUACCAAUUUGAUUGCCAAGGCGGGAGCUUUUUGGGGAUUUUCGAGCUCGGUACUGUAGCUGGGGUAUUUGUCGCGUUAGGGUUUUUUAUCCCACCCAGAUUUGAAUUCGGAAUUCCGGUAAUUUUCGAGCUUGGGAGCAUGUUUUAUUCAAUUGGGUAUUUUUCGUCUCCUCGGUUUAGGGUUUUAUGCCUUAAAUUCGAAAUAUUUUGACUUAUUUUGGCUGCAUUGUCGUGGUUUGGUGUUCGUGCAACUUCUAAUUGGAAUACAAAAAGUAGAUUGGGAGGAACCUGCGAAAAACCCUAAUUUUGUUGAUUUACUAUAUAAUAUGGCUACUUUGCAUUAAGAGAUGCCGCCCCCCCCGCCGCUCGCAGCGCCGCAGCUGCAGCCGCAAUCGCAGCACAAUCGGAUCAAUCUAAGUGAGCUGAAGCUGCAUAUAUGUACGAAACUCGGGCCGGAACGGUCGAAACAAUACUUCAAUUAUUUGAAUCUGUACUUGUGUCAGAAGCUCACCAAGCAAGAACUCGGCAAGCGUUGCCUUUCGAUUCUCGGCCGCGAGAACCUCCCCCUGCACAACCAGCUUAUCCACUCGAUACUUAAGAAUGCCUUAUUCGCUAAAACCCCACCUCCUCAAUCAGUUCACGAGAAGCCGCCCUCGAGAAAUUUAACCAAUUAUGGGAAGAAAGCAUCUCAAGGAGAAGAAGACGAACUUUUUCAAAAUUCAUUACCACCUCCGCUGCCUACGGUUUGGUGCAAUGGCUCUCGGAAGGUCAGGUCGAAUCACCGAGAAAGGAGGAUCAAAGAUCGCCCUAGUCCUCUUGGCCUGAAUGGUCAGAGUCAUACUUUAGUCCCCUCUAAUCAUGAUAUAAAGGAGAAUGGUGUUCUGGGCCCAUGCGAUUUGAAGAGGCCGGUGCGUGAUUAUCAAAAUGGGCCUGCCGAGCAGUUGGAAAAGAGACCAAGACUGGAAAACUCGUCGCUUCAAGAUCAGGCUGCUGUUCUGGGCAAGGGUCGAACCGAAGUUGGUUUUAUCGAUGACAGCAAAGAGGCGGAACAAAAUAAUGAAUGGUUUUCACAAAGAGGUCCUCUUAAAGCUCCUCUUGGUAUUCCUUUUUGUCCCGCCAGUGUGGGAGGGGCCCGGAGAUCUUUUCCUGUUAUGAUGCCUUGCACUAGCACUAGUAGUAAUGCUGAUAGUGGCGAGCUAUGUGAAACGGAGGCUUUGAGGAAAAGGAUGGAGAGAAUAGCAGAGGCACAGGGUUUAAGUGAAGUGCCGAUGGAGUGCGCUAAUCUGUUGAAUAAUGGGCUUGACGCUUACUUGAAGCGUCUAAUUAAGUCAUGUGUUGAUCUAGGUGGUGCAAGAUCCAGUCGCAAGUUACCGAAGUAUCCUAUACACAAUCAGCAACAUCAAAUGAAACCUCUUAAUGGAGUUUGGCCUGGUAAUCACACGUAUGUACAUAAUAGUCAAGGGUCUUCAAUAUCUCUACAGGACUUUAGGUUAGCAAUGGAGAUGAAUCCACAACAACUGGGUGAAGACUGGCCGUUGCUACUUGAGAAAAUUUCCUUCUGCUCAUUUGAAGAAUAAUGCUAAUUUCGGUUAGGAUUUCCAGAUUUAUUGGAUUGUGCAUGAGUGGGCUUCGAUAGCCUCGCGGGUGUGGCCUAUUUUGGGCCUAUACUGGAAGAAUUAAACAAAGUUAACAGCUCAUGUUUCCAUUAUUUAGCUCAAUCCGUCGAAAUAUAAUUUUUUAAUCAAGUACUGUAUGUCUCAGCAUCCACGAGGGACGCCUUCCGCAACCACUGGAGAUUUUAUGUAAUUUACAGCCGAUGCGGAGGAAAUCAGUUUUGCAGGAAUACUAAUAUGUAACUUUUUUAUAGUAUAAUCGUUAUUAUUAGGAGUCACGGGAUUAGGAUGUAUAUUGUCAACUCAUAGCUUUUCUUGAGUGGUCUAGUAGUGAGAUUUCCUACUAUUUCAUGUGUCGUGAUUAGUAUUUUAGUAUAACAAAUCCCAUUUAUAUGACACCUCGAAACUCAAUUGUGUGGAAAAGAAAAGCCAAAUAUUUGUUUCUGGGGAGAUAAUUUAGAUGGUUGCUGAAAUCAUUGUACACUCGUAGUUGAUAUAUUUCAAUAGUUUUGUUCUUUCUUGUUUUGGGAAAGCUGUAUUCUGUAGCAAGACAGGAUGAAUUCAUCGCAUCUUACUAAUUUGCUUCAUCACAUUUGUUUAUGCAAAUUUUAGUUUUUCUAAUGAAAUCUACUGACUUUAGUGGUUGUAUGAGUUUGAUGAAUAUUUAUACUGUUCUAAAAGUAGUUCAAGAAUUCUGAGAGAACUCUGCAAUUUUAUCAAACUGUGAAUCCUAGUUACUUAAACAUUGAAUGAUAAGUUAUGUAUUUGUUGCCUUCCAUGCUGCUUAAUUCGUCAAACAUGCCUUGAUAGGAUCCUGAACUUUUAAUGCCUAAUCAUUUCAAGAAUUUUCCUAUAAGCACGAAUUAAACACUUCCUUACUAAAGGCAUUUGUAUGGCAAUGAGGCAUUAUUUAAUCACAUAAAACUAUGUGCUAUUUAGAAUGGAUUUAAAUGAUAAAUAGACAUGUAAAUAGCACAGAAGUCGGGUCUAUAGUUACACUAAAAGCAUAUUUUUGGAAAUAAUGUGACAAGAUCAGUCAACGUGCAGCAUGAGUAUGGUAAAUCUUCUCCGCGUAUAAGCUGUGUACCAACAGCUAUUAAUUAUUGUUUUAAGACUGCUGUUAUUGCUUGUUGUGAAGUUGCAAAUUUUUGCUCUAUCUGAGCUUUUCAAAGCUUUUGUCUGAACAGACAACAGUGGUAAAAACAAUCUACAAUUGGUAAGAGAAAUAAAAAGGUUUCUUCUUGCAAUAUCAUUUUAAAUUAAGCUUGAUUAGUGGAUAUAAUAAGCAAUGCAGAAAUGAACAACUGUUUAUUUCAUUUGUAAUGUCCAUAUAUACGUUAUUACUGUAUCAACAGUUCUAUCAAAGUAGCAUAAGUAACAGAGAUGUAGAUCGUCUAAUUAUCAAGCUAUAAUGGAGAAAAUUGGAAGUUUUGUAACUUUAACUAAUUAACAUUUCGUAUGAUCUCGAACUUUUGUGAUUUUGAAGGUUUUUGCUGCAUUAUACUUGUGGCUUUGCUUAUUAAAUAGGUAAUCCCUCAUCUAGAUAUAUGUAUUUAUCAUUGUAGUUGAACUGUAAAUCUGCCAUCAGUACCUUUAUCUGAAAAGUGAAUUUGUCAUCAUUGUCUGUUCGGUGAAAAUUGGCUGCAUGCAAAGCUAUACUAUGCAUAAACGACUGAUCAUGGCAAAAGAAGUUGUUUAUACUGGUCUAAUAUGAUAUAGUAGCUUUAAAGCAAAAAUAUAUGUUAAGCAUAUAUUUAAUUGAUAGAUCAAACUAUUAAGCUACUUUGUGUAGAAGAUGUUGCAUCUUUUUUUACGUACUUCCAUGCCUUGUCAGCUGUGUAUAUUUCCAUUAUACUUCCAUGCCUUCUGAUGACAUAUUUAUUUGUAUCAGCUGUGUAUAUUUCCAUUAGAAACCAAGAUCUAAAGACAACUCAUGUUUGGGCCAAGAUUCUUACAACCUCGCAGUGUUUAUGACUUUAUGUUGCAUUAUACUUUAAUUUCAAGUAAGUUGGCUUACAUAUCACUUUUAAGUUGCAGGGUAUGGAUAAUAGCUGCAUAAUCAAGAAAGAGAGAACCUUUUCCAGCAGGCUUGUCUAAUUUUUAUGUUUAUUGUAUAUUUCAUCCAUUCAUGUGAUCCUUUUCUAUUACACAUAAUGUUAUUUGCCAAACUUCUCUGUCAAGUUUCCUGAUAAAAUUUAACAGUAAUCCUAAAUUCUGGGGUUAUUUGAGAGGAAAAUCGAAAUGCAAAAUUAAGAUUACAGCAAUUAGAAGUUGUACAAGGGUGAUGAGACAGAAGAAUUUGUAGAGGUGGUUUUGACAUUUAGCCAAAAUUACUUUGUGAAUCGGAAAUUGAUUAAUAUGGUAAUCGAGAUGAUUAUACUUGUGUUCAUAGGCACUACAUUUACUAACCUAAAUGAUGCUUUGUCAUACCACACUCUAGCUUAAUCAUCCAAAGAUAAACAGCAUUUUGUCUUCAUGGAUAUGUAGGAUAAAGUGCUUGAUUUAGCAAGCUAAAUGGAAGUUUUAAACGCAGAAGGUGAAUCAUCUCCUUUUGUAUAGCAAGUGCUUAGGAGUCCUUCAUUCGUGGUUUCCUAAUUGGGACAGAGCCAAUCUCUCUAAGUCCCUUGUAAGUGUACUUUCUUUUUUCUUUUAUUUUUGGAAGCUUAAUCCCUGAACUAGGAAGAGAAAAUCUUUUUGUUAUUUAUAUCCUUUAGUUAAUAAUCAUGUUUUAACUUUAUGAUUGUGAAGCCAUGUGUAUUAUUCUUGGCAGGUUUUGCUUCUUAAGAUGAAGCAGUUGCAGGUAAUAACUUGAUGCUCGGGUUUUGGCUUUUACCUUGCAGUGUGUUACUGAUGUUACAAUUGGAUUUAUGAUAAAUAUAAUUUUAAUUCUAAGUUCAGUUACAAUUAUCAUGAUUGCACUAAACAGAAUAUAUAUAUGUGUGUGUGUGUGUGUGUGUGUGUGUGUGUGUGUGUAUUUCCAUAAAUAGUUCAUUUUAAGUCAAAGUAAAGGAUUGGGGUUGACAUCAGGCAAUUUUGUAUUUAUCUGUUUGAGAAACUUCCAUCAUCUUCUUCUGUUGUGUAAGUUUAUUCCUAGUUUGAUUUCUCUAAUCCAGAGAUGAGUUUUUUUUUUUCUUUUUCUUUUUUUUUUUUCUUUUUUGAGAAGAAAGAAAGGAGAAUUUUUUUUAUUUCUUUUCUCUGCAGUUUUACUGUUGAUCUGUACCUUCAAAUGGCGAAAUGCAAUUCAAGUGUUUACAGAACAAGAAGAUGGGUUUGCAAAUGAAGGUCACAUUUAACAAGUUUGGUUUAAUCUAGUAAUUUCUUCCAACAAGACGGUGUUUUACUGUGAGAAUCCUACUUUUAAAUGUUAAAGGGAGUUUUUUCCCCCUAAUAUUUCAGUGCUUGAUUUGGUUGACUGAGAUGAGGUCAUUGUGAGAAUCUUAACAUUUGGAUGUUAUUUUACUCAGUUGUUACUUUACUGUAUUUUGAGUUCAGAAGAUGAAAUUGGCGUCAAAUAGAAGCAGUGAAGCCUAAGAAGAA